AUGUCUUCGAACCCGCAAACUGCUCUCUCGGCCAAAGCAUUCAACCCCUCCAAAUCUGUCGGCCUCUCGAAUCAAUCGACACCCUCGAUCUCCCAGACCAACGCCUACUUUGGAGAAGUUCUUGGUCAACGUAGAAGUGGCGGUUCAGGCAGCUCCAACGCCGUUAGCUCGAAGCCAUCGUCGACCCCGCGCAGCAAUCAGAGUGCCAAAGCGAAGCACAAGCAAUCGAAGAAGUUCAGACUCGCGGAUGAGGAUGCUCUUGCUGAAUCCGCCGCCAUGCAAUCCACCAGCAGUCGCAAGGGUCAGACUUCUAUCACCCAUCUCAUGAACUUUUCCCUUCCGCCACGCCCUCAAGCACAUCAGCACAACUCCAGAUAUGCCUCGGGUCGUCCUCGACGCAACCCCACCUGGGGUUUGGGCUCAGGAUAUCAUGCUGUGGAUAAGGCAAGAUACGUUCACGCCAACUAUCGUUUCGUUGUCGACCCUCGAGCCGACUAUCGAGCUCAACGCGUCGAUGCUGAUAUCCACAUUGACUGGAACAAUGUUCUGCAGAUUCUUGUUUCGACUGAGUCGCAGUCUUCCGCUUGCCCUAUCUGUCUGGGUACGCCCACCGCCCCAAGAAUGGCCAAGUGUGGUCACAUUUUCUGCUUGCCUUGCUUGAUUCGGUACAUGCAUUCAGAUGAUGGCAAUGCUUCUGGAGCCGAUAAGAAGGCACGCUGGAAGAAGUGCCCAAUCUGCUACGACUCCAUCUACGUAUCAGAGACAAGACCGGUUCGUUGGUAUACUGGCGCCGAGUUUGAGCCUCCGAGAGAGGGUGAUGACGUGGUACUGCGUCUGAUACAACGUCCUGCUGGUUCUACUCUUGCCAUGCCUAGGGAGAGUCCCGACGCCCUUGGGAAAGGAGACGACAUUCCAUGGUAUUUUGCUGCCGAGGUUAUGGAUUAUGCUCGCGUCAUGAAGGGCGGUGAAGAUUACAUGCUUGCCCAACUGGACGAGGAGAUUCAGAAUGUCAGGGCCAUGGAACAAGAGGAUGAAGUCAUGUUCGGAGAUGAUACCCAAUGGACCAGCAAAGCAGUACGCAACCUGAACGAGGCAAAAGAAAGGAUCAAGGGCAUUGGAAAUCCACCUGCAGCACCCAAGAAGCCAGAGGAGCCGGAGCAAAAGAAGCCAGCCAUUCAGUUCAAUCAGACUAACGAUGGUGUACCGGAGAUGUACGCUAUCCAACACGCCUUGAAAUCCGGCCAGAGUCUGCCGAAUGGACAAACCGGACCAACAGAUUCUAGUGAGAAAGAGGCCAUCACUAAGCAGGACGAUCCUACAACUAGUAUUCUCUCGACAUCUUUAGCCGAUUUCCGUGCUCGCCAACAUGCAGAGCGUCAACCAGACACUUACUUCUUCUACCAAGGACUUCUACAUUACUAUUUGUCUUCACUGGAUAUUCGUAUUCUGAAGGCAGCGUUUGGAAGCUACGACAACUUCCCUUCCUCAAUACUUCCCCGAGUUGAGCGGGUGUCGACAGGCCAUAUUGUCGACGAUGACUUGCGCAAGCGAGUCAAGUACCUCGGACACUUACCUUAUGGAUGUGAGGUCACCUUCUUGGAAUGUGACUGGACCGACACCGUUCCGCCAGCAAUCCUUGAACAGUUCCAGGGCGAGAUCGAAAGACGCCGCAAACGAAACACAGACAAAGAAGCACGGGAAGAGAAGGAACGUGUUCGUGCAGAGAAGGCUGAAGAUCGAGAGUUUGCAGCCGCUCGGCGAAGAAGGAUUAGCAUCCCCACCGAAAGCAAAUUCCGACCAGACGACUUCAUCCCGCUGGGUGCGAACGGUUCCGAUGUAGCAGGCUCCUUCGAUGGCCAAGGAUCUUCCUCAUCACCACCCUGGAGCAACAGCAACCGGCCACAAGGCUCUGCCUAUGCGUCCCUCGCGUCGCCCGGCACAAGCCCAGCUGCGUCAAGAACAGUAUGGGGCACCAACGCAAUCGCGUUAAGCAGUCCUGAACUCGCCGCCCUCCAACAUCAUGGAAACAUGGAUGAUGGCUGGCUGGACGGAUGGGAGAGGGAACUGUCACAGGAUGAUGAUUUGAUUGCUCGAGUGCAGGCAGCAAGUCUGAGCGAAGGACCGUCUUCUUCCAGCAAAGCUGCAAGUGCUGCAAAAGGCAAGAAGAAGGGCAAGAAGAUUACGCUGAUGAGCACGACGGCCAGACGAGGUGCUUGA